UUAGCUGGUUUGCUAGCUAGCAGCUACGUACGCAGUCUGUUGCUGAGACAGAGAUGUUGCUGGUGGUUUGUCUUUGCUGAGAAUGAGCCCAAAAGAUGUCAGGGAUGACCUGAUGACGGCAGCAUCUGUCUUCUUCGACCUCUUCCUGCAUCAUCCCAGCUCCGUCGGAUAGGACGCCUCCCCCCUCCGUCUGAAUCGUCUGCUGUCCCUCCCCCUCCCCUCAUCACAUCCUCUUCCUUCAAAGACCCCAAACAACUCGGGAUCAAACCGCCCUCAAGGCCUCCUCUGAGCUCCUCCCCCUGAACAAAGAGACCAUGUAUUGCCUACAGUGGCUGCUCCCGGUGCUGCUCAUCCCCAAGCCGCUGAACCCGGCGCUGUGGUUCAACCACUCCAUGUUCAUGGGCUUCUACCUGCUCAGCUUCCUGCUGGAGAGGAAGCCCUGCACCAUCUGUGCCUUGGUCUUCCUGGCUGCCCUCUUCCUCAUCUGCUACAGCUGCUGGGGCAACUGCUUCCUCUACCACUGCCAGGACGCCGCGCUGCCGGACGCCGCCCACGACCCGGCCAUCGUCGGCACCUAGGAGAGGAGGGCGGACGCCGGAGACGAGGGGGAAGAGUGGUGGCGCACUGGGAGGUUACUGUAGAGCGAUACUGCCAUGCUGUGAGAGGAGGAGGACGGACUGCGGUUCUGUGGGCAGUGCUGGAAGGGAAUACCGAGAGCGGCCAGCCAAAGACGGUAUUAAAACAAAAAAAAAAACAAAGGAUGCUGUUUAGUCAUGCUGUAAAGAAUCCGAGGAAGGUGGAGGUGCUGUCGGAGGAGAUGUUGUUUGGGGGAAAGAGAGGCGCCCAAACUUAAAAAAAAAAAAAAAAUAAAAAAACGCAAAGGGAAAGACGCGCGUGUUUAACUCGGUGCUGAGGAAAGAAGAACUUCACUUUUACAAACGUACAGUAUAACGCCACAUCAACCUAAAGUCUCCACUGUGUGUCAGUAUUCUGGUUCCUUGUUUACUUCCGAGAGAGACUCUCCACGUUCACCCGGGAAACGUUUCGCUCCUCAAACUGCCAAAACUCACACCAACCGCGCUCCUCGCUCCCUCGACGGACUCCGAACGCCGGGCGGCGUCAGAUGAUAAAAGCCUUGACGUGUUUGAGGGGAAACGAGGAGCGAGGCGCCGUUUUCGGUCCCUCACGUGACCAAACUCCGUCGCCACCUUUUUGUUUUUUGGCUCUGCACAUGCUCAACACUUAGAGCACACUGACACUGGACAAUCAAUAACUAUGCUGUGAAUAAUUCCUCCCCUUUUCUUUUUUCUUUUUGUUUUCUGCUGCAUCGCUACCCAAAAUGCACCUGGGGAAAGGUGUGAUAAUGCUGAGGAACUGCCCCGUUGUCGGUGUUGUUGUUGCCCCGUGUGCUCUGCAGCCGCCCCUCUUCCCGCCACAUCCAAACCGUUUAAUUUUCUUGUGCAUGGGUUGUUUUUCUUUCUCCAGUUCACACACACAGAUUUCAAUGAAUUAAAAAAACAAAAUGCUGAAAGUUUCCAAAGGGUAGAAGAGUCUGGAUGUGUGCAGGCUGAAUGAAAGACUUAUUUUGUGUGCGUGUGUCAUGUGCGAUAGUUUCUUUUUUUUGUGAUCAUAACUGAUUUACAAAAGAAAAGACGUGGCGAGACACGAGGAAACAAAGAGGAGAUGGUCGGCAUUUCCAGCAACAAUAAGCAAUACGGACUGGAGGGGAAACGCUAUCACAUUCUCACAAGAAGUUUAUCAGUUUCCUCGCGCGUCGCCGCUCCGAGUGUUUCGCCGCCGGACACGAGGUGUUUCUACUCUGUACCUGUUGGUGUGUCUGGGGAGAGUGUGCGUUGUUUUUUUUUUUUUCUUUUCUCGUGUGUGCGUGGCCUCUUGUCGCAGUGCUGACGACGCUCACUGCUACACGACUGCUUUGGUUUUAAUUUAAAUAAAGUUUUUCCUCUCGACGUGUUGACCUGCGUGGAA